UUGCAGGCUUUGUGUUCGCCGACAGCGGAUACGACGUCUGGGUAAUGAGUAACAGGGAGUCAAACCACAUCUCCAACAGCACGAGGUUUUCACAACGAGAUCCCAGGCACUGGAAAUGGAGUUUCGAUGAAUUAGGACGCUACGACUUGGCCGCUUGCAUCGACCACGUUCUCAAAGCCACGGGAGCCCCCAAGCUGACAACGGUCGCAUUUUCUCAGGGAGUGCUAGCAAGCCUGGUGUUGCACUCCGUACGGCCAGAGUACAACGAUAAGGUAGACCUUCUUGUGGCGUACGCCCCUGUCGGAAAUCUCACCCACAUCGGGUUACCCCAUUCGGUGCUGAUACCACAUGUCCCUUCAUUCAUGAGAAUCGUCUACCCGUUCUCGGUUGCCGGUUUCCUCGGAACUACCAGAGCUCUCAGGGCGUUGCUCUCGGGAGUGUGCACUCUUUGGGGAGGCGCAUUCUGUGUUCUCGUGUUCACAUUAACCAACAUGUGCAGCCUAGAACAGCUGAAUGUGACUCGGAUUCCCAUGUAUAUGGGUCACAUGCCCACUGGCACAACUGUGCAAAACCUUCUUCACUUCCACCAGGUUCACAAAGCCAGAAAUUUUGUGAUGUACGACCAUGGUCCCUCCGAAAAUCUUCGGCGUUAUGGCCAGAGGACUGCACCAGCGUACCCACUGGAUCGCAUACGUUUGCCGAUAGCCUUGUUCUGGUCCCACGGAGACAACCUGGCCGGAGAGGCCGACGUCGGAACAAUGGCUGCCGCUCUUGGUUCCAACGUCGUAUUGAACUAUGAGGUCCCUGUUCCUACCUUCCGCCAUCUGGACUUUGCCACUGGAUACAGGUCUAACGACAUCUUGCAUAACGUUGCCCUCGAACUCCUUCGAAAGCACCUCGACGAAGAUCCUUGA